UUGCUAUUCUCCGGUUUUGUUUUGAUUUCGGUUCAUCUGUGUGCUCAAGGGGUGUCUGUCCCCUUCCCUGCUGCCAAGCUGGAUUUCCUGCAGGUGAAACAUCUGAAGAGGAAGAGGAAGAGCAACUACAGUGUGAGAGAAACACAGACUCUCAUCAGGGAGAUCCACAAGAGGAGGGAAGUGCUGUUCUCCAGACAGCAGAACACAGCCAUUAAUGAGCUGAAGAGACAGGCAUGGGAGGAAGUGGCUCGAGGAGUCAAUUCACUUGGGGAGGGGGAGCUGCGAACUGCUGCUGAGGUGAAGCGACGUUACCUGGAUUGCCGCGCCCUGAUGAAGAGGAAGCAGCUUCAGGCAGAGCUCUGUCUCUCCUCCUCCUCCUCCUCGUCUCUGGCCCUGAAGACAGAGUACGAUCAGUCCUCCCCCGAGCAUGAGGCCGCCUCUCUGGGGUCGGGGUGCGACCAGCUGCUGGACCUUUCUGGCUUUCCAAAGGACUGCCACUGCGACUGGCCGGAGCUGGUGGGUCUCAGCGAGCCGAGCGGUCAGGCCAUGAUGGCACCGCCGGACAUGAAGAUGGAGGAUGAUGUCAGUGAAUACAGACUGGAUGGUGAUGGUGAUGUGGGAGAUGGAGAAGGAGAAUUAGAUGAAGAUGACAUUCCCUCCCUCCUCAGCGACAUUGAGUCACGUGGCGAAGGGCAAGUCGGCGAUGCCUAUUCCCACAACGUCCUAGGCACACUCAGCUCUUCCAAGGUCCCGAUCUCCACCACCAACAGGGACCUGCCCCUGGCCGCCGCCCUCAUGGGGAUGCCACCUCAUGCACUGGGAGGUCUCACCAGUCAUGAAAACAUGGGUGCAGGGUUCAUGGCGGCUGUUGAGAAGCAGCGGCUGGAGCUGGAGAAGCAACGGCUGGCCGUGGAAAUGGAACGCCUGGGUGUGGAGAAAGAGCGGCUGGCGGUGGAGAAGGAGCGACUUCGUCAGACGGAUGUGGACCGGGAACGAGUGCAGCUGGAGAGAGAGAGGCUGCAGGUGGAGAGGGAGCGGCUGAGGCUUUUGCUCCUCAGCAGGUCAGAGCCCGCCGACUCCUCUUUUAACCUGCCGCCACAGCAAGGCCCGCCCUCCUCCUCCACGCCUUCCUUAUCCUGCGCUCAUGAAGGACAGAGGGAGAGAGAGCGGGAAGGCAAAGUGUGGAGGACAGUGGUGGAUCUGGACGUGGAGAGGCUCAAACUGGAGAAGGAGAGACUGCAACUGGAGAAAGAGAGACUGCAGUUCUUCAAAUUCGAGGCGGGCAGACUGCAGAUAGAGAGAGAACGCCUCCAGGUGGAGAAAGAAAGAAUGCAGCUGCACAAAGAUCAUCAGAGCCACUGAUGAAAAGACUGAUGGGAGAGAAAGUGGAGGAUGAAACUGAACAAUACUGACAAUAACGCAGCAGUUGCAUCAGCGACUGCUCCUUAAUGAGCCCUACACACAUAUAUCCUUAAAGAUGGUGUGCGCCACUUUAAUGAUUAGUGCCGUUUAGAGUUUGGCCGAGGAGAAGACCGAGAUGCAGGGCUGGUUUAUUUAUGACCAUCACAAUGAAGCAGUGCCUUAUGAUGUCUUCAUUAAAGGGGCGACGGGACAGGAAAGAUGGAUUUGUCUGGCACACGCAGCUGCUUAUUAGAUCAGCAUCUCAACCAAGUUUGAGCAGAUGUUCAGUGGCCCAUCCAGAUACACUGAUGCACAGAAUGUACUGUGUAAAACAUGAAAUGCUGGUUAUAGAUUUGCAGUACAACAUUUCUAGUGUAGGAAUGUUUUAAAUGGUAUUUAUUAUAUGAAAGAAAGGGAUCUGGAUGUUAAAUGUAUCUACUGUAUUGGUGCCCGAGUCGACCAUAUAAAUUAGAUCCCAGCACUGUUUACUUGUACACUGAGUACUUUAUUGCUUUUUAUGUAUUUCUGUCAAGUUCUUGUUUUGAAGGAUCAUUUACUUGGGAACAGUUUACUUUGUCCGCCAGUUUUAAGACUUUGUGACAGUUAAUAAUUGUAUUAUUUACACCGGUGCUUUUCCUACUUACUGUAUGUAACAUGUUUGGAAAUCUCUUCUGGGAAAAAGGCAUAUUGAGGUUUGAUGCUUUUGACAUGAGUAUAUACGGACUUGGAAAAGAGCCUGAAGAGCUGUGGUGAGCAGCUGCAGGAUGUUUACUUUGCAUGGUGGGACAUUAAAGAUGAGAAUUGCUUACUUAAAAGUUUUGUUGUGUCAUAAACAUAUAUUGUACUUUUACUGGCUAAUACAAACUGUAUUCUGUUGUUUAUGUCGUGACAAAAUAUUCUUUUUACACGUUGUCCCAGUUAGUCUUUUUAAAGAACUCGUGACCUGAGUGGCAUACCAAUUUUAUUAUUUUCUUUUCAUUCAAUUUACUACAUGGUUCCAUCCCUGAUCAGCAUGUAUAUGUAUUUAUACAACUUUUUUUCUCCCAUGUUACUGAGUUUAUAAAUGAUCUUUCUAAAGUCAAAUAAAUGUGACUUCCAGAUAA